AUGCACCACUUGACCCUCGACUCCCCCGAUACCACCAUCAAACUCAAACUUCUGGAGGUCACCAAGGCCAUCUAUGGCUCCAAGAAAAUGGUGGUCCUCACCGGGGCGGGGAUCUCCUGUAACGCCGGCAUUCCAGACUUCCGCUCUGCCCACGGGCUUUACAACGCCAACACUUCUACCACCGUCAAGGGCAAAGAUCUCUUUGAUAUCUCGCUCUUCCGCAAUGAAGACACGCUCCAAGCGUUUGCCAGCUUCAUGGAAACCCUUUAUGGACAUACCACCCAAGCAAUGCCCACCGAAACCCAUAAAUUCAUCCACCAUUUGAAGAAACACAACAAGUUGUUGCGCUGUUACACCCAGAAUAUCGAUGCCCUUGAACGGAAACUCGAACUUCACACCGGGAUCAUCGAGGCGCAAACCAGCAAUUUCCGUAAACACUGGAAAGAUCUUGACGUCGUCCAACUUCAUGGUGAUUUGCACGCCCUUUCUUGUACCGCCUGUUUCGCCCACUUUGACUGGUCCGCUGACCUUCGUGUCCAGCUAGCUGCCGGAGAAAUCCCCGAAUGCCCAAAAUGCCUUGAGAAUUAUCACCACAAAAGCGCCGAAGGUAAACGUCUUUCGUCGCUUACCGUGGGAAUGCUUCGUCCUACAAUCGUCUUAUACGGAGAAAACCACCCUCAUUCAGAAAGUAUUAGCCGAGGAAUCAGCAUGGACAUUCGUUCUCGUCCAGACUGUCUUGUGAUUUUCGGGACCUCACUCCGAGUGGAUGGUGUGAAAAAGUUGGUCAAGACCAUGGCCAAAGAAAUCCAUGAUCGUAAUGGGAAAGUGAUCUUUGUCAACAAGACUAGCCCAUCGCACGCAGUGUGGGGGGAUUUCAUCGAUUAUUUCAUCGAAAGCGAUUGCGACUCUUGGAUUCGCUCGCUCAAACAAGACUAUCCAGAUCUUUUCUUGACCCAACUUGAGCUUGAUCAAUUGAAACUUAAAAAGUCGAAAGGGAAGAAAAAACAAAUGAUGUUGACCCCUCCACCAACUCCAAGCACCAAUAAAAAAUUCGACGUGAGCAUUGAUCCGAAAAGCAUCAAGUCAAAUGAUAAAAUCAAGCAACUACUUGGUGAACGUGCCCUGCCCGAAUACUCGCCGAUAAAGACCAAUCGUAUUAUCGACCUCAGUGACGAGGAAUUGGACGUGGUAAAACAGGAACUCAAGAAGAAAAACCCAUUAAAGCAGAUAAAUGGUAAUAAAAACAGCAAGAGACCUACCAGACCACUGUCAAAAGUGUCCAAGGAUCUUGAUAAAGAAAACCAAUCCCCAAAACGGUCAUCUCCGAAAAAACAACCGGUUAUAAAACAGCGACAAAAUAUCGCAAUUAUUCCUAAGAUAUGUCUAUGA